AUGAUGGGGUUUGUACAUUUGAUCUUCCUAUCUACCUUCCUCUCGGUUUCCAUGAUGUCUGAAACAUUUGAUGCAAUGGAAGGUGAGGCUUUAGUUAUAAAAUGUCCCCGAUGGAGUUCAUCUGUGAAGUUCACCUGGUAUCACAUGGAUACUAACAAAAUAAUUCCUGCAGAAGACGAGGGAUCACGAAUAUUUUCUUUAAAACAAUUUCUUUGGUUUCUGCCAACUUCUAGAGAGGAUUCUGGAAACUACACUUGUGUUAUACAUUUUUCAAAUAAUCGCACAAAGUCGUUCAACAUGAGUGUGCAGGUGCAUCCAUACAAGCAAGGAGUAUGUUUCCCAAGUCAAAUUCGUUACCCAAAUGACACUGGAAGAGGAAAAAUUGUUUGUCCUACAAUUGACAAUUAUAAGAAUGCUACUAUCAUCCAGUGGUAUAAGGACUGCAAACCUCUUCAGGGACAGAGAUACUUCCAGGGAGAAAAAUAUAUUUUUGUUAACAACCCAAGGAAGGAGGACGAUGGUUAUUAUACUUGUCGAUUUAUCUACAUUCAUAAAGGAAACGUGUUUAAUGUAUCAGCAACAAGGAUUUUCAUAAGUAAGGCAAAGCACUCACCACUACCUCCUCAAAUUUUAUUUCCAAAGGAUAAAGAUAUAAUAGAAGUGGAUCUUGGUGCUGCUUUGUCUCUGAAAUGUCAGGCUCGCCUGGGGAUUAAGAAACAGCCACUAGCUGUUGUCACAUGGGAUGUGGACAACAUCUCGGUGAAAUAUUUAGAUUUUUCAAGAUUUCAUGAAAAAACUCAUUUUUUUGAAGGACAUGAGCAAGAAUAUUACAGAGAGACCACUUUGCAUAUUACUGAAGUAAAAAAGGAGGAUCUGCAGGCAAAUUUUACAUGUGUGGCGUUAAAUGAAAUGCACAACACAAAGGUCACGGUGACGUUACAACUCAAAGCACAAUUGGGUCUUCCUAACAUCCUCUUGAUCAUAGGAUGUCUAGUUCUGCUAGUUGCAAUAGCAGUCUCUGUUAUACUCUAUCAGUUCUUCCGAGUUGAUAUUGUCCUAUUGUAUCGGGAGAUAUUUCAGCCCCACUCAAUCAAGGAUGAUGGGAAGAUAUAUGAUGCAUAUGUUAUCUACCCUAGAAGCUACACCAAUGAAGCUAAUUUUGUGGAAUACUUUGUUUACCAACUCAUGCCAGAUAUUCUAGAAAAUAAAUGUGGAUAUAAACUGUGUAUUUAUGGGAGAGAUAUAUAUCCUGGAGAAGAUACAGCCAGUGCAAUUGAGAAAAGGAUGCAGAAGAGCAGACGGCUGAUCAUCCUCCUAACACACCAGCUGAUUAAUUGUAAAGAACCUGCUUAUGAUCAACACAUUGCUUUAUACAAUGCCCUCAUUCAAAAUGAUGCAAAGGUGAUACUGCUGGAAAUGGAGACAAUUGGGACUUAUGAGAAGCUUCAGGAAUCUCUUAGGUUUAUUAUUAAGCAGCAAGGUACUGUCAAAUGGAAAGAGCAGCACACUGUGCACCCACAGUCAUCCAAUUCUAAGUUCUGGAAACAAGUGAGGUACCAUAUGCCAAUGACGCUCAAGUCCUCAUACUCAGCUAAUGCUGGGUGA